AUGAUCGAUUUAGUGAAGACUGGUCCAGACGGCUCAAACCGAGAAACAGCGUCCAGACUGUGCGGAACGGCCGACCGAGGAACAUCCGUCCACGAUCGGCCAACGUCCGACACUCCAUCCAUCCCGCCUGAACCACGGCCGAGUCACGUACCGACCCGGGAAGCAUCGUCCCGCGGUCGACCAAUCCGAGUCCACGACCAUAAGCCGCGCACGACCCACCGCGCGAGCAGGAGGCAACGCCUCACGACCGUCGGCACAACACGUGUCACACACACGAUCACACCGUCCGACCAGGAAGGCCUCGUCCCACGUCCGGCCAAACCUUCGACCAAUAUCAUCCGUCCGGCCGACCCGACGAACGAACGAAAAUCUCUCGGCCACGAUCGACCCGACCGUGCCGAUAGCCGAUCACACCCGAUAGCCGGCCGAACGUCCCGACCGACCGUCCGAACGGUCCGGUCGACCCGAAGCCGUUUUUGA